GAUAAUAUUCUUUAAAUUUACAUUAAAAGACCGGCUAAAUUGUUGAUUUUAUAAACAAAUAAAUGUAUGUGUAAUUGAUUUCGAAGAACAAUAGUACAAUUAAUUUAAGUUUAAAAAUAAAUGUGGAAUCCUUAUAAAAUACCGACAAGAAAAUACUCACAAAAUCUGCAACACCACCUUACGGAUCGUGAAUCUGGUUAUAAGCGACGUCAUAUACGCUCCACUCCCUGUUCAGACUAUUUAUACUUCGAGCGUGAAUUUCAUAAGAGCAUUUUGCCAAAUUUAACAAUACAAAAUGUUGAUAGGCCGUUAGGUUUUAUACGCAAAUUUUCGCCAAAUGGAAAACUAUUGUUAAGUUUUUCAAACGAUAAGCGCUCACUAGAAGUUUGGAAAUAUGCAGGAGUUGGACAUGCGGCUGAACUCUUUAAAAAUGAACAAGGCGAAUGCAUAACGGCUGCAGAUCAAUCUCUAGAAUCGUUGCGAAUUCGACAAGAAGUAUUCAAACGUUUAUUUACUUUACGCUCCCGUAUACAUUUUGGCAGUAGUGUAACUCAUACAUAUGGACAGCUGAAUCGUGAAUUUAGCAUUUUCUUAGAGAAUGGUCGUUAUGUACUACUAGCGGCAGUAACUUCCUCGCAUGAUGAACUACCUUUUAGAAUAAUAUUUACAUAUCCUGAUAUAUACCCAGAUUGUUCGUUAUGUAAUUAUACAUUUUUCUUGGUUGAUCUUGAAAAGGAUUGCGUAGUAGAUACAUUGCUCUAUAAUAAAGAUCACAUAAUGUUAUCGCAUCAUCACGGAGUAUCUGUUUAUAACCAUACUAUAGCAAUUCUAUCUAAACUUAGGCAAUGUAUUGAAGUAGUGGAAUUAGUUAACGGAAAAUUAGUGCGCUUACAGACAAUUGGUCCUUUCGCUAACGAUAUGGACGAGGCUCGUGUGCCUAUUCCAGAUUGUGUAUACAUGGGCGCUUUACCUUUAACACAUUUGAAACAACGUAUCCUUGCGCACAUAUAUACAAAUAUUUUCAAAAUAGAGAGUGCACAUUUAAGAAAACGCAAAUUGCUAGAAUUCUACAAAUUUUUUCAAACUUACGAAGAUAUGGUUAUUUUAAAAAUGCAACUACUUGACGUGGAUCAUCUGUUAAUACGUUACGAAAAACGUCCUAGAAAUGUAAAUGUUCAAGAUUUCAAAUUAUAUGUAUUUUAUUGUAUAUCAAAGUGUGCAGUGAUGAGAGUAUUUUCAAGAUCUUCAAUUGAAUUGCUAUAUCUGUUGCGAAAUUUCUGCGAUAACUUUCGUAAUGUGCGAUCGCUACAAUCUUUGGAUUCAUCGUCCUCAUCUAGUAACAAUGCUUAUUACCGUGCUGCUUUCAAUAAUGCAAUAGCAUCUGUAAAUGGCGGAGUCGCGGAAGCUGCAAUGCGUUUUAAUCCAACAUUGCCAAUUAGUUCACAAAGCUUUUCUACCGCCCAAUAUCUUGAUUAUAAUUUAUUUUGUUAUGAUGAUCAAUUGAUAUCGGCUUUGGAGCGUCCGAAACUUUGCAGCAGAGAGCCAAUUCGUUUCACGGAUCGCAAUACAAAUAUAACAAAAUUUCGAUUAUUUUUAGAAACUAGUGUAGACUUACGUCCAAAUCAUCAACUUGUGACAUUUAUAUUUCAUCCAUUUGAACCUUUUAUUAUAAGUGUGCAAAAGCUUUACACGCGUUAUGUUACAAAUUUUCACAUAUACAAUCAAUCCACUAUUGUGACACAAUAGAUCAGUACUUAUACUACUAUUCAAAUUAUAAUGUAGUUAAUGUAUAUAUUAAUUUCUGACGUUGUAAUAAUUGUAUAAUGGAUAGUUUCUAAUAAGUCUAAAUUUCGUUUUCGAAUAUAAUUCAAAAGAAAUAUCCAAUAAAAAUUAAUCAUUUGAUAUUUUAUAUAAAGUUAUUAAGUUAUUAAUGAGUAUAUAUAGUUAUGAUAUUUAUUUGUUUAUAGAAAAUGGUUCUUGCAAUAGGGAAUGUGAAAUAUGGUGAUAUA